AUGACCCUCUAUAUAUAUAAAAAGAUGUGGGACCUUGCAUUGACUUUAUUCGAUAUGCCCACAAACAUGUUAGCCAAUUCAUACAUUCCUUGUUUAAAUAGCACUUCAAGCAGCAGCAGCACCACACCAUCACCUCAAGGUCCGCCGCCGAUUGACAACUUUCGGCAUUAUGGCUCCUCUCUUCCAGUCUCUCCAACAUCGGACCACCAUGUCAACGCCAUUACGCUUCCAUCGCCUCCCUUGCCGUCCCAUGCAAGUGGCUCAUUCCCAACACCACCACCACCACCUGCACCUGCACCUGCGCAUCAAUCGAGUUUUCGUUAUGACAUUGUAUUGCAAGCUCCACCCUCAGUAGCUCAAAGAGAAACUUUCCAGCUUACCUACUUGAACAAGAGCCAGUAUUACUGCAUUCGUCUCUAUGAUACGGAGGGCUAUGAUGGACCCCUGACAAGCACAUUGACAUUGACAUUCCACGAGGAAACUCACAGACGACUCGCUGCUAAUUAUUGGCGUUUUUGGGCAAGUCAACAAAAGCAUCCAACCAUGACUCGGGCCCUCGAUUUGAAUCACAGUCGAUCCAAUGGUAUUCACUCUGUCCAAUAUCCUGAUUUUGAUCGUAUCGUUUUCGAAUGGAACGGCAAACAAGGUGCAACACUCUAUGUGCGAUUCAAUUGUCUUUCGACCGAUUUUUCACGCAUCAAAGGUGUCAAGGGGAUCCCAUUACGACUGCAUAUGGAAACAACUAGCAAUCAACAUGCUGAAUCCACAUUUUGCCGUAUCAAGCUUUUCAGAGACAAGGGUGCAGAGCGUAAAAACAAGGAUGAUAUGCGAUACAUUGAACGACAAAUGGAACGCAUGCGAGAAAAAGGAAGUGAUCCACAAGCAUUAUGGCUCGACUAUUGGAAAGCAGUGCAUCAACCUUAUACAGUGUUUUCAGAAGCAGCGGAGCCACUUAUCCAUUCACCAGCUGCUGCAUGUCAUCAACAACAACAACAACGUUCCCAUGACCACCAUCACCACCACCACCACCACCAGCAGCGGAUGAUGAUGGAUCGUCAGCCUACGACAAACGACCAAGAUGAAACCGAUCUCAUGUUUCGUACGACUACAAACAACAACAACAAUAGACCCUAUGAAUCAAGAUUUAUUAGACACAAACCAAUGCGAUUAGCUAUUUAUGCACGCAUGGCUUCAUCCGAUUUGUAUCAUGGCAUCUAUCUCGAUGAAUUAACAGUACAUGAACUCGUACGCAAGGUGUGCGCCAAGAUGUUACCCAUGAACACCCCAAUCAGGGAUGUGAUCCGUUACGUACCUGGCAAGGAUAUUGCUGUGCAAAUGGACGACUGCAUGAUAAGGGACAUUCAAGAUGAACAGGACAUGAAAAUCGAAUACAAGCUCCAAAGUGAUGGAUCAGCGUUGUUGAUACUACAUUAUUAA